AUGGGAUGGCUCGGCUCACAGCAGGUCCCUGGCCUCAUUUCUGCAUUUCCUGUUGCUGAUAGGAUGCCUCUCCUACACCCAAGCCACAUGAGUAUCUCGGAGGUGGUGACAUUCAAGGAUGUGGCUGUGGACUUCACCCGGGAGGAAUGGCGCCUCUUGGCCCCUCCUCAGAAGGAGCUGUACAAGGAAGUGAUGCUGGAGAAUGCCUGGAACCUCCUCUCUGUGGAAGAGAUCGGAACUGAAAUGAAGGUGACUCCAACAGAAGUGAGCCUCUCUGUGGAAGAAAUGGGACAACAAAUAUUUGUUAGUGAUGGUCCUAAUAACUUAGUUUGGAGAGAAUUUGGUGUUGAAUUUCAAAAUUCAUCCCUCAUUGAACAUCAAAGAAUGCAAACUGAGGAAAAAUCUAGUGAACAUAAUCAGUGUAGAAAGACUUUUAUGCACAGGGCCAGUCUUGCUGUACAUCAGCGAAUCCACACUGGGGAGAAACCUUAUAAAUGCAAGCAGUGUGGAAAGACAUUCAAUUGGAGCUCUCAUCUUGCUGUACAUCAGCGAAUCCACACUGGGGAGAAACCUUAUGAAUGCAGUCAGUGUGGAAAGACAUUCAGUCAGGCCUCUCAUCUUGCUUAUCAUCAGAGAAUCCACACUGGGGAGAAACCUUAUGAAUGUAAUCAGUGUGGAAAGACAUUCAGUCGGAGUGAUAGUCUUGUUCUACAUCAGAGAAUCCACACUGGGGAGAAACCUUAUGAAUGCAGUCAGUGUGGAAAGCCAUUCAGGGACAGCUCUAGUCUUGCUGUACAUCAGAGGAUCCACAGUGGAGAGAAACCUUAUGAAUGCAAUCAGUGUGGAAAGACAUUCAACCAGAGCUCCAGUCUUGCUGUACAUCAGAGAAUCCACACUGAGGAGAAACCUUAUGAAUGCAAUCAGUGUGGAAAGACAUUCAACCAGAGCUCCAGUCUUGCUGCACAUCAGAGAAUCCACACUGGUGAGAAACCUUAUCAAUGCAAUCAGUGUGGAAAGACAUUCAGUGAAAGCUCCCAUCUUGCUCGACAUCUGAGAAUCCACACUGGGGAGAAACCUUAUGAAUGCAACCAGUGUGGAAAGACAUUCAGGGACACCUCCAGUCUUGCUGAACAUCAGAGAAUCCACACUGGGGAGAAACCUUAUGAAUGCAAUCAUUGCGGAAAGACAUUCAGUCAGAGGUCCAAUCUUGCUGUACAUCAGAGAAUUCACACUGGGGAGAAACCUUAUGAAUGCAAGCAGUGUGGAAAGACAUUCAGGAAUAGCACCAGUCUUGCCUAUCAUCAGAGAAUCCACACUGGGCAAAAACCUUAUGAAUGCAAUCACUGUGGAAAAACAUUCAGUGUGAGCUCCAGUCUUGCUGUACAUCAGAGAAUCCACACUGGGGAGAAACCUUAUGAAUGCAGUCAGUGUGGAAAAACAUUCAGUCGCAGGUCCUAUCUUACUUAUCAUCAGAGAAUCCACAGUGGCGAGAAGCCUUAUGAAUGCAAUCAGUGUGGAAAGGCAUUCAGGGAUAGCUCCAGCCUUGUUGAACAUCAGAGAAUCCACAGUGGGGAGAAACCUUAUGAAUGCAGUCAAUGUGGAAAGACAUUCAGUCAGAGGUCACAUCUUGCUUAUCAUCAGAGAAUCCACACUGGGGAGAAGCCUUAUGAAUGCAUUGACUGUGGAAAAACUUACAGGGACAGCUCCAGUCUUGCUUAUCAUCAAAGAAUCCACACUGGGGAGAAACCUUAUGAAUGCAAGUGUUGA